UCCCGCCAAUAAAGAAACAAACACGUGGAAAAAGAUUCUUCCCCGACCCACCUCAACAAGCAACCAAAGUUAACGUGCCUUUCAGUCUACCCACAAUGAUUGCUGAGAACAGAGCGCCGUGCCGGGUGACUGUGAGAGAGUGCGAGUUGGGGACCCGUGGGCUUACAGCUGUGGUAACCGUGCUGCUGCUGCUUUCCACGACUGUCACUUGCGUGCAAACUACAACAGUGGAGCACGACUUUCAUAUAGUCCACAAGGUCGACAACAGAAGUCCAGAGAUAGAUCCUUUCUGGUAUGUGGGUCGUGGGGUGAGACCCAUCGGGCGAUUUGGGAAGAGGCAGAGUGGAGGAGGGGGCAGUGGUGGGUUCAGACACCCUGGAUCUGCAGUCAACACUCUGGAGCUUCUUCUUAACACCAUCAGGAACCAGGAAAACCUUGCUAAGAUGCUGGGAAGGGAGGACAUAGACUGGUUACCAUGACAUGCCAACCCUGCUGCUCGUCUGUGAAAGUGUCUUUUUUAAUUGUUUCAAAGAUUGUCCCCUUUUUCUCAGUCACAUUCUUUUAUGUCUCUUUUGCCUUUCUUUAUUCUCAAGGGUUACUCUUAAGCCUGUGUCUUACUCUUGAGGGACCUGUAGACUGGCUCAGCAAAAAAUAUGUUGUAGUCUGUACAUAGGGCAGCUGACAAAUACAAUCUAUAUUGAUUAAUAAAGAUGUCUGUAACUCUG